GAAAAUAAUAUACAAUCAAAAGCCCAUGAGCGAUGCUUCGUUAAUGAAUCUAUUCACAACCUGAAACGAACAAGUUAUACAUCUUGUCGGUAUGUCGUACAUUCGCUGUCAUCUACCUCUGAGUUCGAAAAAGACGAAUGCUUGACAAGCAGCAGAGUAAGGCAUUCUCAAAUAAAAGUGUGAGACAUAAGCAACAGAAUUAGAGAAGGUUAUUUCUAAGCACGUUACUCCACGAGAUGAAAUCAAAAACUUGUCUUUCUUUUCCUCUUUCCUUUCUUCCCUUUUUCAUACUCGAUUUUCUCAUAUCCCAUGUUUGAUAAUACCUUACAGAAAAGAAAACAGAAAGAGCAUGCAAUUGGAGUCGAACAAGAAGUAGCAGAAACCACGCCUUUAUUACAUAAACAUAACGACAGUAGUAGUAGCAGUAGCAGUACUAGAUCAAACCAUUUCAACCUAUCGAAUCCUUCCCUUGCUACUUUCAAAGCACCAUCACCAUGGCAUAUUCUUAUACCCACUUUCGGUCUGACGUUUUCCUUUGGUGCAUUAUUUGCUCCAAUGAUUCAAUUUUAUACCAUGGUCUUCUGUUAUCUAUAUUACCAAAAACAAUCAGUUACAGUCGUGAAAGAUGGAAAUAGCAGUGAUAUUGAUAUUCCUCUUGAAUAUUGUGCCAUACCUGAAGUUCAAGCCAUUGUAUCACGAGCACAAGCUAUCAUCAUGAUGAUUACUUACGGAUCAACUCUAUUAUUUGCUGGAUAUUAUGGCUCAUUGUCCGAUCGGAAAGGCAGAAAAUUAAUUUUGAAAAUCUCUACCUUUGGUAACAUUGUGUUGGUAUCAAGUUAUAUCUUGACCAUCAAAUUUCCAGAGGUCUUUGGAAUUUCCUUGCUUUUCAUCGCGCCAUUGUUAAGGGGCCUUUUAGCCGGUGAUGCUGUCAUGAUAGCAGCUGCUCAAGCCUACAUUUCUGAUUGUACUACGCCAGGAACAAGGACCAUUGCUUUUGGUCGACUCAUGGCCUCUGUUUUUAUUGGCGCAACCGUUGGCCCGACCGUCGCCUCCUCUUUAAUGAAAAGAACCAACUCCAUUGCAAGUGUCUUCUACUUGGUCUUGACGCUUAAUAUUUUCUUUGAGCUUUAUGUCAUGUUGAUCUUGCCCGAAUCAAAAUCUGCUGAAGCACGUCGAAAAUCAACCGAACUCGCUGAAGAGAAAAAAAAGAAAGCUUCUACCUAUGACUCUAUAUUACAACGCAUCAAUAUCUUUUCGGCACUCGGUAUGCUAACCCGUGCUCCCUCGUCACCCGUCGCCAGCAAAUAUACCCACCCUUAUAUCAUGCCUAUCAUUGCUGUCAUUCAAUUUGUCAUUUAUAUGGUUGCUUUACCGCCGAGUUUAUUAUAUGCUAUGCUUCAAUUUGGAUGGACGGCCUAUGAAGGUGGAUUGUACAUUAGUUUAGCAGCCUUCAUGCGAACUUUGAUCAUGAUGCUUCUGCUACCGUUUUUGUCAAAAUUGUUUCAUAGAAACGCAUCCUCCUCCAUCGCUAGUGGUAAACUGCAAGGAUGUGCCAAAGGAGAAGGAAUAGUAGGAGGAGGAGCAACCACGACGGAUGUCAUACCACCAGAGAUACCCUUAGCAGAAGAACAACAGCAAUCGAUCACUUGUCGCAUGGAAGCAUCCACUUCUCAGCCCACCUACGCCACUACUCUCAACGACGACAAUGACAGUCAUCACAAAGAGGAAGAUAAAGACGAAGACGACAUCAAAACGGACAAGCGUAGUGAAGAAGACAUCAAACGUACUAUUUUAUUUGAUGCAUGGAUGAUACGAUCUGGUUUAACAGCUGAAACCAUCUGUUAUAUUGUCUUUGGGCUUGUCACCACUUCCGCUGGAUUUAUGGCAACAGGUGCCUUACAGAGUCUGUCCUUAUUAGCAACACCUUCCAUUCGCUCCCUUACAACCACCUUAGUCCAUCCAUCAGAAGUUGGGGAAAUGUUGGGGGCUAUGGCUGUUUUAGAAGCCUGCGCAAUGAUGAUAUCGAACAUGCUGUUAAACACUAUUUACAGUGCCUCAGUAGCCGCUAUGCCGAAUUUGAUUUUCUUUGUUUGCGCUGCUAUUGCUGGUUUAGGUGCUGUCUUUGGUUUUUUUAUUUAUCCUACGAGUACUUCCCCAGAUUUAAGUAAUAACAACGUUUCAUCCGCACCAGCAACAUCGUCUACUACUUCUGCUUAAUUUAUCAUCUUUUUUUUGGGAGCUAUACCUUUUACUAUGAAUCUCUCUAUAUCCUUUUUUUUAUUCUAAAACUUAUUAGUAGUAGUAAUAAAGUUAUUCUAGAAAGGUUUUGUUUUCAGGUCUAUCAUGAGUGAUAACUUUUCCAUUUAUACAUAAAGUAUAGUAGAAUAGAAUCUAUGAUAGAACUAGACAGAUUGUCUAAGUAUACGAGUAGUUCCAUAUAACAUAGCACAAAGACGUGAAUACAAAUAGUG